AACAUCAUCCUAACAUUUAAUGCAAUGAUUUCGGGCAGUCCGUAAUAAGUUAUUACACUAAUAAAUGAAUUGUACAGACUAUUGAUGGCCUUGUUGCAUUAAAGUCAAACUUAAAAAGUCGAUUGGACCGAAGUCGAAUGCUGAGGUCUGGCAACGUUUUUGGGCUGACUGGGACGUCUUUCUGCGAUGGUGAAGCAGACACCAUUAUAUGCGAAGGUAAAUCGGCCAAACUGUUCUGCGCAACCGGCGUCAUCAAAAUUAGUUCCGCUGUGUAUGGUCGGACAAGAGGGAGCGAAGUAUGCCCUUCACGUGAAAUCACCGUCACGAAUUGCAGAUCUCCAACCUCGACAGCAAAAGCCAAGAUCCUUUGCAACGGAAAGGAGUCGUGUACUCUCAUUGCCAGCAAUAGCGUGUUUGGCGACCCGUGCCGUAACAACUACAAGUAUUUGCAAGUAAAACAUACAUGCGGGCAGCUAAAGUAGGAACGUUAUCCCGUCUGAACAUAAUGAGGGAAGGACAUAUCGUUUAAAACAACGUCAUAUGUUUAUAAAAUAAAGAAUGAAUAACACA